CCUUUUCAACUAUAAAUAUCUUCUUUCUCAUAUUUACUUUCUUUACACACAAAAAGGUUAAAGAGAGAGAAAAAAAGAGAAACAUGAUUGUCUCCUUGAAAUCUAUAUCAAGAAAAACAACAGCCCAUGAAAACCACCAUCAACAACAAGAUUUCAAGACCGAUGAUGAUGCUUGGACAUCACUAACAGUUUGGAGAAAAUCACUAGUUUUUAGCUGUAAAGGUUUUACAGUGAUCGACUCUAAUGGUAACUAUGCCUUUAGGGUUGACAAUUACACCGGACAUCCGGUGGAAGUCAUCCUAAUGGACGGAUCAGGGAAGCCCAUCCUCACCAUGUGUCGCAGCACGGGGCUUAGACUAGUAGAUAACUGGCAUGUCUAUGAAGGUGAAGUUGGUGAUGUCUCAUCAAAGAAACCAAUCUGCUGUGUGAGGAAACACAUUAACAUCUUACAAUUUAAUGUAAGUGUACUUGCACGCGUGUAUCAUGGGCCAUCCGAUAAGAGAUAUGCGUACAUGAUCGAAGGAUCGUAUGCGAAUCGGUCGUGCAGGGUGUUAGAUGAGUCGAGGAAGGUGGUAGCUGAGAUCAAGAGGAAGGAAGGAAUGAACGGUGGUGUAUCUUUUGGGUUGGAGGUUUUUCUUUUGAUUGUACGGCCAGGAUUCAAUCCCAGCUUUGCAAUGGCUAUUGUUUUGCUACUUGAUCAAAUGUUUUCUUAAUUUUUAAUUUAUUUAUUUUUAAAUUUGAUAUUUACUAUGUUUGUUGAUGUAUAUAUAUAUCUGUGACUGUUUUUGAGCUGUAAAUUGAGGUGAAACAACUUUGUUAGCAGAAGUUUAGGAGAGGAGAACACAAGAAAGCGCAAAUGCCAAAAGGUCUGUUUAAAAAAAAAAAAAA